AUGCAUACAAUUUCGCAUACAGCGACUUCUGAUACACCUCAAGGAAACACCGCACUGUCUGGCUGUUCAGACAUAGGUGUUGAUGCUGAACAAUCAAUUAAUUCCAGAACUCCCGCUUCCACCACGAGAGACGUUGAGCAUGCUUUCGAGGGUGACAGUUCUGUCAGAGCUCACGUCGCUUUUGCAGGUUCAUUCGCAAGGCAGGCUAUCGAGAAGAGCUCUCUCGGUGAAGCCGGUUCCAGAGUCAAUGAUGCUCUUUCAGCAUUACACCAGAUUCUGACAAUUCGCAGACCAGUCAAGGACGAUAACUCCCAUGAUCAAGGUGCGACGGGUAUUGCAGAUCCGAGAGCUAUGCCAAUGCCCCCUCUAGAUGUGACCCUUCAAUUACUCCGUGAACUCAGGCAAAGGUUGCCUCCGACUUUUGAGCUAAUCUGUGCCGUUACAAGCAUCGAAUACUUCACGGAACAAUGCCGCAAAGUCUACUUCGCAACAGAAGAGUUCACAAAGGCGACGUUCAUCAUCGUCAAUGUUGGACUGUUUUUCAUCUUCCAAGGUGAGAUCAUUGAAGCAAGUAAAUCUGGUGAUGGCGAGAGAGUGGCCAACCUGCGAAGCUAUUGCAAAAUCUGCCAGCAGAAUAUCAAGGCAACCUUGCAAAGUCUGAGUCUAUUACUCCCUGCUCGGAAAGAAAAUGUAAUAGCACUGGUUUUGGGUGCUAGUUAUGCUGUUGAGACCUCGGACCCGUCGCAAGCAUGGUUUUUGAAUUCAACAGCGUGUCAGCUCUGCAUCAGCCUUGGCUAUCAGCGAGAUGCAUUGCUACCUGGAGAGGACGAGCACACAAAAAGCAUUCGGGCAACGCUGUUCUGGAUUGUCUACAUUCUCGAUAGAGCCUUAGCCCUACGACUUGGUCGCCCAGCUGUCCUGCAGGAUUAUGAAAUCACGCUGAAUCGCACUUUGCAAAAUCUGGGAGAAUUCGAAAUCCACCGCGAAACCAUCCAAUGCUGGUUGGCACAGGCCGGAGUACAAGGUCAAAUAUAUGAGGAGCUUUACAGUCCAGCCGCGUUGAGAGGUUCAACAGAGCACCGCUCACUAUCCGCACGUGGCUGUGCCAAUAUUCUUCAAGCUGAACGAUUGAAACUGAAACAUCGAAUUCAACGACUGGAGCUUGAUACCACUAGCCCGGGGGGCGAGGUGGAAUUGGCUUUGAUAAGAUCAGAUGAGCUUGCCAACCUGUCAGUGCUCACUCUCGUCUAUCGAGCACUUCCGCCAGACCUGUCCGAGGUAACACCACAAUGCUCUAGAAUUUUUGCAGCAGAGUGCAUUGAAACGGCGAGAAAAGCGAUACAUGCGCACCUCAGCCAUGUACGUAGCCUUGGAACGAACACAGAUUUGCUUACAACAUACAUGCACUGGUAA